GCCUUGGCUUUUCGACGUGUAAUUGCCCCAAUUCAAACUGCCCUACUGUUUCUAUUCCACGCUUAAUUGCUUCCUUUCCUUCUGUGCUCUCUCUCUCUCUCUCUCUUCCCUUCGUUUCUUUCUGUGACGUGUGCCAAAACUUGUGACGCUUUUUUUCUGUUCUUCUCUUUCCUUUACAGAGAUGGCAACAAUAAUCCAGAAACAAGAACUUGAAGAAGACGAUGAGACUGGGAACGCUGAUCUCAGAAUCAGCGGCGCUGGAGAUGCACACCCGGACAAGGUAGACCCCACAGCGAAGGAGGUUGCUCUAAAGGAAGAGCCUGACUCGGAGGAUAGAUCACCUGCGCCUCUUGGUGUUAUGCCCGUCGCAGUCCAUGUGCCGACGGCGAUCAGGAUGCCGUUGGCGGCUGCUCCGCCCAAAAGAGCUUCCACGAAAGACCGACACACCAAAGUGGAGGGUCGGGGCAGAAGAAUCCGAAUGCCUGCAACAUGUGCUGCUAGGAUCUUCCAGCUGACCAGGGAGCUGGGUCAUAAAUCCGAUGGAGAGACCAUUAGGUGGUUACUUGAGCAUGCGGAGCCAGCAAUUAUAGCCACCACCGGAACCGGAACUGUUCCUGCUAUUGCCAUGUCAGUCAAUGGGACCCUCAAAAUCCCCACCACCUCUAGCACAAACUCAGAACCCAGCGACCCAUCCAUUAAAAAGAAGCGUAAAAGACCAGCUAAUAGCGAGUACAUUGACAUAAGUGACGCCGCCGUUUCAGUCUCCGCGCCUCUUGCCCCUAUAAUAACACAACCACAAACACCACCACCACCACCACCACCACCACAACCCCCUCAACAAGCAGCAACCGCAGUAGUUCCUCAGGGUUUAGUUCCCAUGUGGGCCAUACCGUCUAACGCCGUGGUUCCUGGCGCGUUCUUCAUGGUACCGCCCAUGGCGGCAUCCAUUGCGGGACCUCCGAACCAGCCCCAAAUAUUCACGUUCCCUGCUGCGGCUACGCCUCUAAUCAACAUAUCGGCGAGGCCGAUAUCGUCUUUCGUAUCGUCCAUGCAACAAGCUGCCAAUAUAGCAGUAGCUAUGCCUGUCUCGAGUUCUACUGUUUCUGGUUCAAAGCCUGCGAAAGCUACGUCAGUUAUGGCGCCAAGUUCAAGUUCUGCUCCCAUUAGUAGUACUACUACAACAAGUACCACUACCACGCAAAUGCUUAGAGACUUUUCCUUGGAGAUUUACGAUAAACAGGAGCUCCAGUUCAUGACUCGAUCUUCGAAACAUUGAAAACACGAAAAAGUAUUUUCGGUGGUUUUUUCUCCGUCUCUCGGCUCUUUUCGUUCACUGGUGACUUUUUUGGGGUACACUUUUUGGUCUAUCCGCCAUUAACGAGAUCGUUUGAGCUCGAAAAUUGCCUUGGCUGAUGGGGGGAUUGUUCUGGUGCGGUGGGGGGAGCACGUGCACUCGUGAGGAUGGGCUCUAAUUGUGCACGUGUAAAGUGGGGUCACUAUUAGGCAAUUGGCUGGGGUGUUGGGUCCACCAUAUGUGGUGGGUCAACACUCAGCCUAAAAUGCAAAGGUAGACUCGGCUCCGUGGACCGUGCAGUGCAAAAAGAGUAGCAUUUUUUUUUUUUUAAAGAGUGGGGCAGCCGCAUGUGAUGGGGCGCGGGCCCCAAAGGAAGUGGGCCUUAUGGGACCGUUUGGACAUCGUUUACGAGGCGGCCGCGUGGUGGUCCCCAUUGGUUGGUUCGGUGGUCCGAUCGAGAGCAGAGCAGUGGGGAAGUAAUGCUUGAGGUAGAGAAGGAGAAGGGGACACGUAUCCUGUGUUUAUCUGUCGAUGUGGGGCCGACCCUUUUGUAUCUUGGAGGUAGGGUCCUUUUUUAUGUGGGCCUUGAUAUGCAAAAGGAAAACGGGAUGGUGAUGAGGAUGAUGUUGGGCAUUGGAUGCUGCUGGCCUUUACUUGUCUUGGAAUAUUAGAGUUGGGUUACAACCAAAUGUACAUGUAGCCUGUAACAUGUUAGCUUUCCUCUUUGACUCAGUUUUUAGUCAAUUGAAUUCCAACAUCUCAGUCUUUGAUGGUUUGUGAAGUCUAGUUUCAUCAAAUGGUGGGUCCUUGGUCCCACCACAACCACCCCCAGUUUCGCUCUUUAUUAUUAUUAUUAUUAUUAUUAUUAUUUUAUCUCGGGAAUUAUAAAAUCAUUUGAACUUUCAUAAAUUUAAUAGUUGUUUUUUUAUCA